GUUAUUCAAGAAGGGAGAGGCUCAGUAAGAAUGCAUUCCUUUUGAGAUAAUCGCAUCAUGUCUCUAACGCCCUGAAAAGCAGGUGAGAAGUUAAACCGGACAGAGGGCCACGUCGUCUAUUACUUUGUAUCGUGAAGAAUCCUCCCAAUCGAAAAUGUCAGACUUGUGGGAUGACUUGGAGAAUUUUGCUCGUGCCCCCUCUUCUUUCACAGCAGCGCCAGGGGAGAGAGGUACCAUUAAAGCCAAAGCUGACUUCAAUGUCAGUGAAGAUGUUGCAGCUCUCCGUAAAGCAAUUGAAGGCAUAGGCACAACUGAGAAGACACUGAUAGACAUACUGACUCACAGGAGCAGCAGUCAGAAGCAGGCUAUUUCAAAGGCAUAUGAAGAAACCACAAAGAGGAUUCUUGUUAAUGACCUAAAAGGUGACACCAAGGGCAGCUUAGAGGACCUGCUUGUUGCACUCGCAAGACCGCCUGCAGUUAAUGAUGCUAAAUGGCUAAAUAAAGCAAUCAAAGGGGCUGGAACGGACACCAACAUCCUGAUAGAAAUACUUGCCUCACGGACAAAUAAACAGAUCAAGGAAAUGUCUGCCGCAUUUGCUGAGGUAAUAAAGAAAACACCGAUGCAGAAGCUAAAGACAGAAGUUUCAGGGGAUUUUGGCAAAGCAAUCCUUCUGCUUGCUGAGGGUGCAAGGGAUGAAAGCACCAACGUGAAUGCAGACAAGGCUAAAGAGGAUGCAAAGGCCCUCUAUCAGGCAGGCGAGAAGAGACUGGGAACUGAUGAGUCCAAGUUCAUUGAGAUCCUCUGUAAAAGAAGCAUCCCUCACCUGAGACAAACAAUAUUGGAAUAUAAAAACAUCAGUGGCAAGACUUUGCAGAAGAGCAUUGAGAAGGAAAUAUCUGGAGAUCUGGAGGAACUGCUGGUUGCCAUUGUAAAGUGUGUGAUGAGUACUCCUGCAUACUUUGCUGAAAAAAUCUACAAAAGCAUGAAGGGAGCAGGUACAGAUGAAACCACUCUGACCAGAGUAAUGGUCAGCCGUGGAGAGAUUGACAUGCUGGACAUCAGAGCUGAAUUCAAGAAGCUCUAUCAGCGCUCACUCUACAAAGAAAUAAGUUCAGAUGUAUCUGGCAGCUACGGUGACUGCUUGAAGAUGAUUUGUGGAGGAGAAGACUAGCCUAUUUACAAAAGAACCCCUUGGGAUACUUUAUAAAAUGGUUUUAUUAGUAGCAUUUUUCCAGGUGUCUUAGGAAAUAUAUCACUUAUAUUUACAGUUUGCUACAGAUAAAAGGUAUAGAGUGAGAUUUAUACUGAUUUAUGAUAUUUAAAACAUGCUUUUUAUUUUUGUCUAAACCAAAACUGUUAAGACUUUUUGGUAGUGAAUGGCGCCUCGCAACAGCAGGCAUGACUUUAAUAGUUACUUGAAAACAUGAAACAUUAAAAUUGUGCUGAUGAAUCAUGCAUGUUAAAAUUAGAAACUAAAAUAUCAUAUAUUUUGAAAUGUAUAUAUCAAUUUCAUAUCUGGAAACUCUAUAUCACCACAGAUUUGCUGUCAAUUUGUUGACUCCACUGAAAUGCCAUAGAAUCUGUUAUUUUAACACUGAUCAAGAAAGAAGUAUUUUUUGUUUCAUAUGGGUUUCAAGUUUCAAAAGUUUUUCAAACUUUUUGAUGUCAGGUGCUAUCAUUUAUGAUAAAAUAAUCAACAAGAUACUUGUAUUUGUACCUUUUAACAAAGAAAUAAAUGAAUAAACAUAUUCCUAGCAUAUAGAGCACACACUGUGUUCAUAUUUAAUGUAUGAUUAUUUAAUCUGAGUUUGUGUACAAUGUCUCAUUCAUUGCCAGAAAAGUUAAAACCACGUGAAUGUUAGUUAGCAUAUGCGUUACAUUACUAUUUGUCAUUUUAGUGUGUUUUGGAUAUAUAUAUAUAUAUAUAUAUAUAUAUAUAUAUAUAUAUAUAUAUAUAUAUAUAUAUAUAUAUAUAUAUAUAUAUUAAAAGCUGAUAUGGCUUGAGCAGGUCAUGAGAAAGGUAAUUCAGUUGGAUCAAACUGGUUUUAUUGCUUGGCAGUUAUCUUACAAUCUCCAUCACUUAUUUAACAUUAUCUAUUCACCCAAAAAUACAUGGUGUUUGUCAACAUGGUACAGUGCUCAACCCUUCUGUUAUCUUUGGCUGCUCCACCUUGUUACAGUGCAAAACAUUAACAGGGUGGACAGUAACAGGAGGGACACUAUUGCUAUUCAUGUGAUGAACAACAAGCUAGUGCGUAGUGAUCAUUGAGGAAGAUUUUUAACAUGUUUAUUAACCAUAUUUUUCAAAAUUACAAAAAAUUACCAAUUUCCUCUAUAAAUGAGCGUAACAGGGUGGAUGUGUUAUGCUUUACCACAUCAGUGAAUCAUUUUAAAACACAAAAUAAAGGGGUGAAUUAAGGAGUGUUAACAUUCAAUUCAGUGACACAACAUGUUUUAAAGAUUUUAAACAUUAAAAAUGUAUAAAUAACAAAAGAUACAUUGUAUUUUGUUGAGGAAUAUUGUAAAUAAGAAUAUACAACAAUACUGAACAUUUUGGAAUUUGUUUGAUUUUUAUUACUUAUAUUUGUGGCUGAAGUUAUGCAAGCUUACUUGCGGGGACAUGGCAGUUUAGCCUACUUUCACUUAAAUAUGAUGAAUUAUUUUUAAUUAGUUAAUUUUGGGUCCAUAUUUAUUGUGUUCUAUGGUAGAGGGGCAGUAACUUUGUAAGAUGAGCAUUUAAAAACAAGUAUUAGCCCAUUUUUAAAGAAAAUAUAACAUAUUAUACUAUGGGGACUCAAAUGGUACCCAAUACUAGGAAUGACCCUGCUACUCAUAAUUGAACCCCCCCACCCCCUUUUUAGGGGUGUGUAUAUGUUUGUAGUUAUAUGUUUUGGUGUGAAGUAUGUGAGUUAAAAGAAAUGCUGUAGGCCUGUAUGCUUGUGUAGUUGUGAUUGUUGUAUAAUAAUUAAAAUCAAUAAAAAUAAUUGAAUAAUAAUAAAA